AUGUCUAAAUACUCUGUAAUUCUGCCCACUUACAAUGAAAGAGAGAAUCUACCUAUCAUCACUUACUUGAUCUUUGAAAUGGCUAAAAAGAAGUAAUUGUGAAUUUUACAAAAGCAAUUUAGAUUUUGAGAUCAUCAUAAUUGAGGACAACUCUCCUGAUGGUACUCUACAAGUAGCAUAAGAGUUGAAGAAAGUAUAUGGGGAUAAAUUGAUCAUCCAUUUUAGAGAGAAAAAGUUGGGUUUAGGAUCUGCUUAUAUGGAUGGGAUCAAACUUUGUCAUGGCAAUUUUAUUGUCAUUAUGGAUGCAGAUUUAUCACACCAUCCAAAAUAUUUGGUGGAUUUCAUCCAAAAAUAGAAAACAACUAAUUGUGAUAUUGUGACAGGAUCAAGAUACAUUAAUAAAGGAGGUGUUAUGAAUUGGGGAUUUGAUAGAAAACUUACAUCCAGAGGUGCCAAUUUCUUAGCAUCCACAAUGUUGGGAGUCAAGUGUUCUGAUCUAACAGGAAGUUUCAGACUCUACAAAAGGGAAGUUUUAGAGAAGGUUAUUAAAGAUGUAGUUUCUAGAGGAUACGCAUUUCAAAUGGAAAUAAUCAUCAGAGCAAGACAAUAUGGAUACACAGUAGAGGAAGUAUGUAUUUAAAGUAAAUAAUCAAAGGUACCAAUUGUUUUUGUAGAAAGAAUCUUUGGAGAAUCGAAAUUAGGGGCAUCCGAAUUUCAAAUAUACUUAAAGGGAUUGUGGAAGUUGCUCUGGACAUUCUGAUAUAUGAAUAUAAAUUAUUUACAUA